AUGGUAUCCAGUUCGACAAUUGAAGUUCCCCAUUUGGGCGGCAUCAAAGCCGGUUAUGCCUUAUCAGGAAAUGGAUAUGAUUCCUCAAAGCCAACAGUGGUCAUGAUAAAUUCAAUGUGCACUACAGUUGCCCUUUACCGAGACCAAUUUGAAGAUAAGAAGUUGACAGAUGCGGUAAACCUAUUAGCCAUUGAGCCUCUAGGUCAUGGCUCGACGAGCUCACCAUCUGAACAUUUUACGUAUUGGGAUUCAGCAAUAAUGGCUUUGCAAGUGAUGGAUAAGCUCGGAAUUAAGAAAGCGUUUGCUCUCGGAACUAGUCAAGGAGGCUGGAUUGUGGUUCGGAUGGCAUUGUUGAUGCCCGAGAAAAUUCUGGGUCUUCUACCAUUAGGUACCUCAAUGGAUUACGAAUCCGCCGAAUCACGCGACCAAGGCGCCUGGGAGCCCACGGCUAUUAUAGGACCGUUUGUGGACAAAUGGACGAGCAAGACGGAAACUCCGGAAUUCGUCGUCGAUGAUAUCUGGUGCGGCAUGGUGGCUGGCUUGGGCUUCAGCGGCACAGUCUCUGCUGAAACCACUGACUUUUGGAAGGAAACAGUGAAGCGCACAUACACCGGUGAUGAGGGUCGCAAAAAGGUUCGAAUGGCUUCGAUCAACCUAUUGUCUAGGGAUGGCUUGUUGCCUCGUCUAGGAGAUAUCAAGUGCCCUGUUUAUUGGUUGCAAGGUACCGAAGAUGCCCCUUUCGGGAAGACGGUGCCAGUCGAGCAGAUCAAACUUUUCACUUCAUCCAAGGAAGCCAAGUUGACGAUGGUUCAGGGUGGUGGUCAUUACCUGAAUGCGACUAGCCCACAAGAGGUUAAUGAGGCAAUUCUGGAUAUCGUAAAGAAAUAUGGUAAUUAA